AUGCUGGUUUGGAAGAAGCUAUGGAGGCAUCUGAAGGCCUUUAUUGUGAGCAUCUUCACAGUGUGUAUAGAGCUAGGACACCACCCGAGACAGUGGAGGAGCGCGAAAAUCAUCGUCUUACGGAAACCAGGCAAGCCUGAUUACUCGGCCCCUGGUGCUUACCGCCCAAUCUCACUUUUGAACACACUUGGCAAGCUCCUGGAGGCAGUGAUGGCCCGACGGUUGUCCUAUGUGGCGGAGAAACACAGCCUGCUACCAAACAGCCAGUUCGGCGGACGGCCGGGUAGGACCACCGAGCAAGCCCUACUAGUGCUGUCCAGUGCGAUCGACAAAGCCUGGUACAAGCACAAGGUGGUGACCCUAAUCGCUUUCGACCUUAAAGGUGCCUUCAACGGAGUCAAUAAGACAAGCCUGGAUGCGUCGCUGCAGGCAAGACGGAUCCCGAUUGUGGCUAGAAAAUGGAUUGCAAUUGUCACAUUGACAAUUGCCGCGUCUAAAAGAGGAAGCCAAGUGCAUGUUUCUUGCCGAUCUCCAAAUGGAGUCAUCAUACGAGAUGUGAUUGUGACUUUUUGUUUAAGAACUGGGAUUGGAUGA